AUGUUUCAGAAUCAAAUCUGUAGCAUUGCACAGCCCUAUUCUUUUUUUCCUUUUUCUUCAUAUUUUUUAUAUAUUGCAGGUUAUCCAAGUUCUCCUGGACAGUUGUUUCCUGACACUCAGCUGGAUGGAUAUCAAUCCAAAGAAGAACUAUUUUAUAUUCCCUAUAGAUCAGCUAAAUUAUACAUUACCAAGAUUGCAAAAGACAUGCACCAGAUGAAAAUCAGAUACACGAAAAUUAUCAAAGAGCUGGAGCAUGUUGGAAAAGAAAGCCAGGAGCAAGCUGUAAGGGCAGUGAAAAACCAAUACAGCAACAAAAUUAAGCACCUGAGAUCUUCUCUGGAAGCUUAUCAAGAAAUGGCAGGAAAAGAAAAGAAAAGCUGGCAAGACACAAGAAAGAGAUUGGAAGAAGAAAACAGAAAGCUAAGACAAGAAAAGGAGGAGCUCAUGAACCAGAUACGAGAGCAAGAUGUGAAUGCAGACAAAGAAAAGUCUUGGCUCCUAAAAAGCAUUAUGCAGAAGCUACACUGUCUGUAUAACCAACAUAAUUUAACUAUCAAAGAACUUCAUAAAAGUAGGCUGGACCUUGAAAAUGUGCAGAAAAUGGUAACUGAAAAUAGAGAAACAGAAAUGAAUGCAAGAGAAAUUAAAUCUGACACCAUAACACAGAAUGGACAAGGUUGCUUUGUGGUGGAUAUAGAAGAAAUACAAGAUUACUUACCAGAAAAGAAAUUUCUGUUGGAAGUUAAAACCAAUCUGGAACAGAUCAGAUCAUCACUGCAGAAACGAGAAACAGAACUCAAGGAUCUUCUACAAACUGAACAUUGGUGCAACCCUCAAAUUACAGAGACAGAAAUGAUGCAAUGA